ACAUAUUUUAGGAGGAUGGAAAUCUGGAUAUCAAACACACGGUGCCCCACCGGCAUAUCCUCACCACAAUGCUGCACCACCAGCUUACAAUGGACAACCAUCAUGGGGAGCCCCUCCAGCAUAUCCCGGCCACGCUCCAGGUUACAGUGGUUUCGGACAAAACUACCACCAUCAAUCUGGUUAUGGCGGCCAUGGCGGUUAUGGCAAUUAUCCGCAUCAAUCCGUCGGCGGAUAUAAUCCAGGAUACGGCGGUAUGACCAUGGGAGGCAUGGGAAUGGGCGGUAUGGGCGGCGGAUACGGUCACCAUGGAGGAUUCGGAGGAGGUGGUUUUGGAGGAGGUGGUUUCGGAGGAGGUGGUUUCGGAGGCGGUGGCUAUUAUCCGAUGAAACAAAAAAGCAGCUUCUUCAGUGGAAGAACUAUUGGUAGCGUUGUAGCUGGAAUGUUUAUUUACAGCAUGGCGUCCAAUCUCAUUAGUCACGGGCUGGGUUUCAAGCGGCCAUAUACAGUAGUGAACUAUUACAACCAGGAGCCGGACAAAAAGGUCGAAGAAAUCAAAUUGCCGGCAAACGUUCUGGUACUGUGCGAAGGAAACGCGACGCAACUAUGCGGAAGAGGCACGCAAUCGGUUUGCACUCAAAACGGAACAGUAAUGUGCGUUGCUACAAUGAACGAAGCCUCCCCCUGUGACCAAAAUGGAAAUAAGGCUCUCUGCGUUAACACCACAUUACCGUGCGCCGACGCAAACGACCCGCUCUGUCAAAAUUCCACACACAAAGAAAAACUAGAAGCGGACGUUAGUGUUCCUUGCUUCACAAAUCUUACACUGGACGUAAAUCUAGUAGACCAAAGUCAAACACUACCUAACACCAAGUACACCUACUGCAUAACUACAAUGGCAAUUGCCGGACCUGACUACCAAACGUGUAAAGAUCUGACGAAUUCCAACGAUUACAGAAGCGUAUUAAAUGGAAACCACGAGUGGUACUUGGAAUUUGAAGGGUUCCGAAGAAACUACUCCGUGUAUAAUUCGGAGAAACCAAUGGAAAGUAAUGGAGAAAUAAACAUGCCCCUAACUGUACUGAUAAAGUGCCACGAGAAUGUAACGAAAAUAUGUGCUCCUGGUACAAUCCCAACCUGUACAAGUUUCAACGAAGUGAUGUGUCUAGUCCCUACAGAAAACCUCGAAGAAUGUCCAGAAUAUGAAAAAGGGUGCUUGAACAGUACAAUUCCGUGUCCAAAUGACUCCGAAGAUGUCUUCUGUAAAAACAAAACAGAAGGAGCAGAUACAGUAACUCUACCUUUACAAUGUUUUUCUAACAUCACUAUAAACGCUCCCAUUCCUAAAUUUAAUUUGGGUGAAUUUAACGGGACUUUACCUGAUCUAAGUGCCACCUCCAGUUACACGUACCACUUUAAUUAUUGUGUGAUUACGUUAGCUCUUCCUGGUUCGGACUUUGAUUUGUGUAUAACAAAGGAAGCCAAGGAGAAACAAGAAAAGGAUAAAGGAAAAUCUUGAGUAUAAUAUACUCUAACAAAACAAUGUAGAUAUAGAUUUAUGUUAUUUAAAUUGUAAAUCAUCUAUUACAUGUUAUGUAUAUGUUAAAAUAUAAUAUUUAAACCUAA